AUGGCUGUGGUGGACCGGCCUUCCCUAUUACGGACCGACUUUGACAGGCAGAUUGGCCAGCUUUUCAUGGUGGGCUUUGAUGGCACCACUGUCAAUGACCAGAUCAAAUCGUUGAUCGAGGACUAUCAUGUUGGCUCCGUUCUUCUUACAGCCCAAAACUUGAAAUCGGCAGAACAAGCUACGCGGUUGGUCCUCGAUCUGCAGAACAUCGCGUACCAGGCAGGUCACGAGAUUCCCCUCUCCAUCGCUCUCGACCAGGAAAAUGGAGGAUUCAACAGUCUGUACGAUGAGGUCCACAUUCGACAAUUCCCCAGCGCGAUGGGCAUGGCUGCUACACGCUCAACGAAAUUGGCUAAAGAGGUCGCGAAAGCCACAGGGCAAGAGCUGUGUGCUGUCGGCGUGAACUGGAUUCUUGGCCCUGUCCUGGACGUCCCGGCAAAUGUCAGAAAUCAAUCCCUUGGGGUGCGGACGAUAGGAGACGAUCCGCAGGAGGUAUCAAGGUAUGGAGUUGAAUUUCUCAAGGGCUAUCAUGAAGCUGGUCUGGCUACAUGUGGAAAGCAUCUCCCCUCGUACGGGGACCUUGAGGUUUUAGGCGCUCAGACAGACGUGCCGAUCAUUGCCCAAUCGCUUCAGAAACUGAGUCAAACCGCUCUGAACCCUUUUCGGACCACAAUUUCCCAAGGUCUAGAUGCCGUGAUGGUUUGUGGGCUUGCUACUAUUCCGACCCAGGUGGAUGUAGUGAAUGCUUGUAUUUCGGAACAUAUCGUGCAGGUCUUGUUACGUACUGAUAUGCAUUUCCAAGGUGUCGUGCUCUCCGACUGGUCGGAGACGGACGCCCUCAUACACGACUUCGGAGUUGAAAGCAGCAUAGUCAUGGCUUUUAGAGCAGGCUACGACGUUGUGUCCCUCUGCGGGUCCUUCACUGUCCAACAGGGAGCUAUUAACUGUUUGAAAUUGGGAGUGGAGAAUGAUACCGUAAAUAGGCCCAGGAUCGAGCAGUCUAUGCAGAGAGUUCUUGACUUGAAGUUAAGAUGCACCUCGUGGGAGAAAGCACUGAAUCCAGGCGGUAUCGACCAUUUGAUGCAGCUGCAGCCAUCACAUGCCAGUUUGUCAUCGGCUGCGUAUAACUCAUCGAUCACCGUGGUUCGAGAUCAGAAAACAUUUUUGCCACUUUCUACACGGUUGGACACAGAGCGAGAAUUGCUCUUACUGACCCCGCUACUCAAACCUCUACCUUCGUCAGCGGCACAUCAAAAGUUAAAUGCAGCACCUGACGGUACAGCCUACGACCAGACCUCAGUGUGGGACAGCAGCUCAUCUAUCAUGAGUGGGGAGCGGAUUUUCCAAGAGCUUGGGCGAGCUAUGUCGCGUCAGCGCAAUGGCCGAGUUCUUCAUACCUCGUAUACCGCCAAUGGUCUCAGACCAAUACAUGAAGAUCUAAUUGACCGCGCAGGUGCGGUUGUAGUAGUGACGGCAGAUGCUGGUCGAAACCGUUAUCAAAAUGGAUUUGCCAAACACGUUUCGACGAUAUGUCGGAUGUCCUCAAUCAGCAAUGGAGACGGAACAGAAAAGCCGUUCAUUGUGGUGUCCGUCAGCUCACCUUAUGAUUUUGCAUUUGACCAGUCAAUAGGGACCUACAUUUGUACUUACGACUUCACAGAGAUUGCUUUGCAGGCACUUGUAAGGAUACUAUUUGGCGAAUUACAGCCUAUUGGUGCUCUUCCUGCGUCGACCAAAAAUGAACAGAAAUUGCAACAGUCAACCCAGCAGCACUGGCUAGUAGAGAACUGGAAUGAAGAAAGAGACUCUUAUCCUCUGGAGCUUCUACUCGAGUCCGUGCGAGGUCAACACUCCUCUGAUCCAGAAUCGAUACUGGCGGGUGUCUCGUCGAGGACCUUCCUUCUUCGCUGUGCCGAUGUCGAGGAAGCACACUUCAUUGUCCGCAAUAGCAAUACGAAAGAGCUUUAUGGUUUUUGCUCGACCUAUUAUUUCAUUUCUACCGCAGUUGGUGCGAUUGGCUCGAUCAUUGUUGAUCCCAAUAAGAGGAAGCUGUCCAUCGGCCGUUCACUUUACCACCGAGCAAUGCGUAUGUUAGCGCAGAAGAAUGGCAUCAAAAAGUACCAGUUAGGGACGCGAAUACCUAAUAUUUUCCUGGGCAUCCCAACUGUUGAUACGGCCGAACAUAGAAGGCUUAGACAAUGGUUUGUCAACAUGGGAUGGAAAAUUGCGAGCUCGCAAAUGCGAUUGAACAUGAUUUUACGCAACCUACCAACAUGGAAUCCACCGGACGGUCUGAGCCACACUCUGUCGAAUCCGGACAUCAAAUUCGAUCUUGUCUAUGGAAUGGGUUAUGCUGAAGCUGUCCUUGAUCAUGUGAGAACGCACUCGACCACAGGUGUCUACGAGAUCUACCAGCUGGCGCUGGCCGACAAAGCUUCGUGUGGCAUCAUCAGAGCCAAAAGACCUGAAGAUGGCUCCAUCUUAGCAAGCCUUGUUCUCUAUAAGAGUGACUCAAAGUUGGCCGGGUUUGUUCCCGCACUUGGUGAUAGCAAGGUGCUUGCCGGAGGCAUAUCAUCACCAGUCAUUUCGCCGUCAAUCAGCGAUCCUGCAAGCUUGAUGCAAGGACUUCUCCUUCUCGGUAUUCGCCAGAUCAAAAAGCAGGGUGCGAACGCCAUCGUCUUGGACUGUAUUGAGAGUGAUAAAGCCGUGGGAAACCUGGUCGCCCUAGGGUUUAGCACCCUUCACACUUUUGAGGAAAUUACUUGCGAAACCUCUACUUGGGCCAUGAUUUCCUAG